AUGCUUAAUCCAAGGGAGAUUGAUUAUUUUGUUCACCCAGAGAGCAAACUGUAUUCGAUUGUUAAGUCCAAUUUCAAGCGAAGCACUUCUAAGAUAAUAAAAAGCACACCAUAUCCGGAACUGAAAACCGAUUAUUAUUCUGUAGAUACAUUCAGCGCAGGUUCGACACGGAAAAUUAUUCAUAUCCAGGAGUCUGUAUCACGCGUUUUCAGAACAAAUAGUAACCCGAACGCCAUCAAUAUAGUAGGACUGGAUUUUUAUGGGAUACAGAAAAUAUGGUCAGAGCUCAUAAGAUUCAUGUUUGGAUGUGGUCAGAAGACUAGUCUACAUUUUGCUAUUCCUAAUUUAGACAUCUACUUAAAGGAUGAUCUAGGAAUUGGUGAUUUUCUCCUUUCCCUACUUGUUAUAGGUGUUGCAUCAAUUGUUGAUUUUUUUGCCUCAAGAGAGUUGAAUUCAGAAAAAAUCGACAACGUGUUACUUGAGUUUACAGUUUACAACAACAAUUACGGGAGAUUCAUCGCGGACACUUUACAUUUUUUUUGUGAAAAUACAUUAAACCUACGAGUAUCACACAGUUUUUGUUCUUCCGCUGAAAGAGACAUUUUUUAUCAUAAUUUCUUCUCAUCGAUAGUCAGUGUAGAGAUUUCGUCUCUAAGCGAAUUGGUAGAAAAUGUUAGGUCUCAAUGCGUCGACAGACACGAGGAAUUAUGUGAUUUUGAAGUAUCUGAAAAUGUAUCGUCAACUCUAGCGCCUAUUAUACUACUUAUCGUGCCGCUACUCAACUCAAUUCGUCAUAGUUUAAAGAAGAGUCUCCUUGACAGCUACUCCUAUGAGCCUAUUAUCGUGUUUUCAGAUAUAGAUUGGGAUGCAAGUAUAUUGGAUCAGAAGACACCAAUUAUUUUUUUCUGUUCAUCGGCAUGGAUAUCACAACAGGCUUGUCUUACAAAAUACGAGCAGGUUUUGAGUAAGCUUAAUAUAAAGACGAUUCUUCAUUGUGGCUUCAUUGAAUUUGGGUUGACAAUUGAAGAAGAAUUGGUCGAGACGAUAACGUGUAUAAAGGUCCUCAACCAGUCAUCAUUUGAUAUUUCAUUUGUAAAGCAUUCACCACAAUCAUUUUCCAAGAGCAUUGCAUAUCCUCCUAGAGCGGACUUGAUUGAAGUGGCUGGAAAUGUUAUUCUUCUCAUGUUUCGGCUAUUUAUGAUGAGGUUUGAUCCGGUUUCGAAACAACCAUUUUUCACUUUCCAAAGAAAUAUUUUUUUCACCGAAAGGGCAUGGAGACUCUACCUAGAGUGCGUCUCUAGGCUAUCAUUAGGAGGUCUUAUAAAAAAGGCUUAUGGUCAGUCUGACUGUCCGACAGUAGAGUUGACUGUGUUAGGAAGGCUCCUAUCAUUUAGGUUCAGACUUUCCGAAAGCAACAUCGAAGGACCAGAGUUGUCACUCAUAGAUGCGAAAAUAGUAGUUUGGUCACACUUACUAAGACAGCAUUUUCAAGACGUUUGUGGACUCAUUCAGGAAAGGUAUAUUUUUAAGGAUUGGAUUGAGUCUAAUGUGAAGAGAUUUUGUGACACUUAUAACAUAAUUUUUACUGAUAACAGGGCUAAUGGUUUUCAGUCUUUAAUACGUCAACUCUCUAAUGUUGGAAUAAAUGAUUUGAAUGACGGGAAAAGGACACACAUUAUUUUGAGUGCGACAUCGGGAAGAAGGGUUCCUAUUCAGUUGCAUUUGUCAGAUCGACGUGUCACAACGUGUCGCGGUUGGUUUGAGCAGGCACCACUUCAAACAGGUCUUGUUACAGAAAAAAGAAGUGUUGAUACUUUUUGUUUUCCUCCUAGUUCUUUGUACUGUGAUAUUGAGGUUGCGUCGAAAGGGUCUAUUCUUCGAAUCCAAUGUCCAACAGAAGUGUCGUACCCUAUCAUUGUUGCUUACUUAAUCUUGCACAUUUCCCUCCAUAACAACUGCAUUUUUGUUGAAUCGUUGGGAGCGGUGCCACCUAUAUCUCUUCCUAUUAAUAUACUACAGUCACACACGAUGCUAACUUUGUUAGAGGAUUCAGAACUAGAUAAUGCGGGAUUAUGGCUUGAUGGGAUCAUGUGUGAUGCGGCUUUGGCACCUUCAGAUUCAUCUAUGCUAGUCCAUCUUUUGUUGAAGGGGCAAAAUUUUAUUAGAAUAUGUGAAAGAGCUCCUUUUACACGCAAAAGAAAAUUAUAUAAAACUGAACGUAAAGAUAAUGUUAAUCAAGACACAAGUGGAGUAUUUACCGGCGUUACACCGAGAUCGUUAUCUGAGGCAGAUACAGUAGAGGAAUUUGUAAGUUUGGUAACCACAAUUGGUAGAGAAAAGGCAGAGAAUACAUUUAGGUACAAAAAGGGGUUUGCAUUUCUAGAUCCAAGUCAUUAUCUUAACCCGUACUACCUCCACCUUCUAACUAAAAGCGUUUAUCAGUGA